AUGCGGAGUCAGGAUAAUGUAGGCCUCGUGCUCAGAGAACUGAUAAGGCUAACACUUGCUUAUCGCUUGUGUGACUCAGGGCCAUCAUGUCCAAUGUAUGACCUUUGCCCCAUUAUCUGCAAAAUGCAUAUUAAAGUUGCUAUAAACAAGAGACCCCCGUUGGCUGGACCAAUGCUUGAACCAGGACUGACACCACCAGGAGAAAGGACCACGACACCCGUGGGCUGCCCCGUACAGCAUGGGACAGGCCUCCAGAGGCCCUCAGGCCCCAAAGCAGUGGGUGUUUUCAUGGAACCUGGCACACACGUGGACGUUUACGUAGUGGAGAGCGGUUUGGUGACGUUAAGGACGCGGUUAGGUUUUGCACAGAUAGGUACUACUGUCGGUGAUACGGAUUCAGAUAGUUCAUCGACUACAUCUUCCUCUUCGUGUUCUCCUUCAACAGUAUCUGAUGAAGAUGAUCGUCCAACUGAGAAGGAUAACAGACCUUACUGCGUUAAAACAAAAGAUGAGCUGCCUAUUGAUGAACUGCCUCCUGUUGAAGACUUAUCAAUAAUUCUGCCUGAUGAUGUUGAACUGAAGCUCUUUGGGACAGUUUCCAGCAUCAUUGAGCAGUUAGUAAUAAUUGAAUCACUGAGAGGCCUACCUCCGGUAAAUGAGGAAAGUAUAAUUUUUAAAGAAGAUCGGCAAGCAGCAGGAAAGAUAUUUGAGAUAUUUGGUCCUGUUUUACAUCCCUUUUAUGUUUUAAGAUUUAACAGCUCUGAGCACAUCAAAGCAAAAGGUAUUAAUGUGCAAGAUAGCAUGUAUUUUGCUCCAUCAGUGGAAGACUUCACCCAGUAUAUAUUUGCAGAGAAACUAAAACAGGAAAAAGGUUCAGAUGCAUCUUGGAAGAAUGACCAAGAACCACCACCUGAAGCCUUGGAUUUCAGUGAUGAUGAAAAAGAAAGAGAGGCAAAACAGAAGAAAAAGAAGCCUCAAAGUCAAGGAAGGAAGAAACUCAAAUCAGAAACAAAUCCAUCAAGUGAGAAUAGAGGACUUCAUCAGUCAAUGCAACAGCCUGCUUCAAGUUACUCCAGAGGAUACCGUGGCAGAGGGUUCCCGAGGGAUCCAUUUCCUCCUCCGUCAGGCCCUCCGGGUUUUCUGAGACCACAAGUAAGACCACCACAGCUAUACUCUUCAGACAACAGAAUCCAUCAGGAAUCUCCAGUGUUUCCGCAACCUCAUAGAAAAGAAAAUCCAGUGAUGCAACAGUAUCCGUUUCCUCCUCCAGUUUUUGAUUCUGUUAAUGAGAUGCAUCAAUUCCACCUCCCACCUUCAAAUCUGAAUAUGAUUUGGACAGGCCCAAACACGUACAGCUCCUCAUACCCAUUUUUGCCACCGCCACCUCUGCCACCACCUCCUCCACCUCCUCCAGAUAGCCAUCCUUCUCAGUUCAGGCCUUACUAA